AUGCAACUGCCCAGGGGCGAGUCGGAUGAUGAAGAGGACAACGAAGAGGACGAGGUUGGACAAGACGGAGAGCUCGAGUUCUCAGGCUUUGCAGAUGAGGACGACAUCGAUGUCCAGUCCGAGGAAGAGGAUGCAGACGAAUUUGGAGGAGGCAUCGUUCCUGCUGGAGGGGACGCCGACAGCGAGGAGGACAAAGACGAUGACGAGGAUCCACUUGGCUCCUCUGAUGAUGAUGAAGAUGACGAAGACGAAGACGGAGAGGACGACGUCAGCGAUCAAGACGACGACGUCGAAUCCGCAUCGGAAGCCGAUUCAGACCACGAGACUGAGGUAGAAAAGGCGCGCAAAGCCGCCUUCUUUGCCUCAGAGGAAACAGCCAAUGGCAAGACAUCAAGCUCAGCGACAAAGGACGCCGCCACCGCACAAGACGCACUCAGCUCCUUCCAAUCUUUUUCCCUCUCCCGGCCCCUGCUGCGGGGCCUGGCCGCACUCUCUUUCUCGACCCCGACGCCCAUCCAAUCGCGUACAAUUCCCAUUGCGUUGGCGGGCAAGGACAUCGUAGCAGGCGCCGUCACCGGAUCAGGAAAGACGGCCGCCUUCCUCAUCCCCAUCUUGGAGCGUCUGGCGCACCGUCCACGAGGAGGCAGCGAAGCUAAGACUCGCGUCGUCGUGCUCACUCCUACGCGAGAGCUGGCAGUACAAUGCUUCAACGUCGGCAAGGCCUUGGCACGUUACACGGACGUGCGAUUCUGCCUCUGCGUGGGAGGUUUGAGCUCCAAGUCGCAGGAGCAGGAGCUCAAGACCCGACCCGAAAUCGUCAUUGCCACGCCCGGCAGGCUCAUCGAUCACAUUCGCAACUCGGCCUCGUUCGGCAUCGAUGAUGUGGAGAUCCUCGUAAUGGACGAGGCUGACCGUAUGCUCGAAGAAGGGUUCGCGGCUGAGCUGAAUGAGAUUAUCCAGGCCACGCCGAAGGGAAGACAGACGAUGCUCUUCUCUGCAACUAUGACCGACGAUGUGGAUGAGCUGGUCCGCCUCUCUCUGCGCAGGCCAGUAAGACUCUUCGUCGACCCGAAGCGCUCAACGGCUACCAAGCUUGUCCAGGAGUUUGUGCGUGUGCGCGGCGCAACAGGCGGCGAAGCAGAAGGCUCUUCCUCCGCAGUCUCUCGCCGCACAGAAGACGAAGCUCGUCCUGCCCUUCUCAUCUCCCUCUGUCUACGCACCUUCCGACACCAAGUCAUCAUCUUCGUGCGCAGUAAAAAGCUCGCUCACCAGCUCAAGAUUCUCUUCGGCCUCGUCGGUCUCGCAGCGGCAGAACUGCACGGCGAUCUAUCACAAGAGCAGAGAUUGGGCUCGCUACAGUCCUUCAAGGAGGGCAAGGUCGAUUUCCUCCUUGCCACCGACCUGGCAUCGCGCGGUCUGGAUAUCAAAGGGGUCCAGACGGUCAUCAACUACGACAUGCCCGCGCAGCUGGAGGUGUACAUCCAUCGUGUGGGGCGUACAGCCAGAGCGGGUAAAGAGGGACGGGCGGUGACACUCGUUGGCGAGGCAGAUCGACGCCUCCUCAAGGCUGUGCUCAAGAAGAGCCCAGCCUCGCAAGUAAGGCACCGCCUCGUACCUGCGGAUAUUGUCGGUCAAGUGCGCGAUCAGCUCGCGGAGCUACGCAGUGAUGUAGAGGCGGUGCUCGCGGAAGAGAAGGAGGAGAAGGCCCUUCAGCUGGCAGAGCGUGAGCUCAAGCGCGGCGAGAAUCUCGUCGAGCACCGCGACGAGAUCAUGUCUCGUCCCAAGCGCACGUGGUUCCAGACCCAACAAGAGAAGGAAGAAGCCUCCCGUCUCUCCCUCCGGGACUAUGCCCCACAGCGCAAGGAUGCUCAGGGGAAGGAUCGCUUUGCUGGCCUGUCGAGGAGAAAAAAGCGUACCAAGAUGGCGAGAGAGGAAGGAGCAGAGGACGCGAGUGCCGGGAGAGCUAUGGCUGCCCAGAUUCGAGCUGCUAAGCGCGAGGAGAAGCCAAAAGAGCUUGGAGUGGUGGAGAGGAAGAAGGGAAAGAAGGAGGGCAAGAAGGGUAAGAAGACGAAGAGUAGUGCGCAAGCGGCGGGAGGCGCGAAAGCCGGGGCCGUCGGUGGUGGCGCGAAGAAGUCUGGUGGGGCGAAGAAAGGAAAGAGCGCUUUCAGUAAGGACUUUGGUGAACGAGGAGGUGGUGGAGGCGGUGGUGGCAAGAAGGGAAGGAAGUGAGCGACGGCGCGUCAAGCUCUGUUCUCUUGUCGACUUCUCGUACGCAAUGCAUCACGAGCACAAAAAGAGAGCCAUUUGAAUGCGAUUCGAGUGGGGAGAAAAAGGAAGGAGGAAUCGAGUAAAGAACGGUCUCUAUCGAAGGAGAAGAAAAGAGGGAAGCGGAAGAGAAGGAGAAGUAGGGAGCUCAUGCCGGGCUGGGUAUGGAUGCUAGUGGUCUCGCGAAGUUGAGUGUAGAGAAAGACGACCAUGGCGCGGGCAAGGCGGCUAGUCUUUGAAGCGUUUCUCUGAGAAAGACUCAUUCGUGU